CUGUAGAGUCAUAACAGACUGAGAGGUUUGCGGGAAUCACCAUGCGUUAUUUUGCCUCAUAUCUUGGUACAAUUACUUGUUUUGUCCUGCUCUUUAAACAAGUAUCAGGCAAUCUUCCUAAACCUUUGUUUACAAAGUAUGUGAAAGAUGACAGCUCAAGGAAUGAGAUUAUGGUGGGCGAUACAGUUAUUGCAAAAUGUGAAACGGCCUCACCAAAAGCUGUUACGUUCUAUCUAAGAUAUACAAAAGGCAUGGUGACCACAUGGGUAAAUCAGACCGCAGAUCCUACAUUUACAUUUGCCAACAUCAAGAAAGAUCAAAGUGGUAACUAUAUCUGUUUAUACUGCAACCAGUCAACAUGCUCAGAACCCAGUGAUCGUGUCUAUAUUUAUGUUCGAGAUGAAUAUCCACAGCCAAAAAUCUCUGUAUCACCAAGGAAAAUUCUCCUGCCAGAUGAAAGUGCCAUCAUCACAUGCAGUACCCAUUUUUCAAACAUUACUUUUUCCCUUUAUAAAGAUAAAGUGAAAAUAAUGAAUUACCCCAGUGGACAAAAAACGGUUUCAUAUCACAUAGAUAAAGCAACUACAUCUGAUAACGGCGAAUACAACUGUAUAUUUCAAAGAACAUUAGACGACUCACAAACAUUGGUCUCAUCAAUGAGUAAUCCCACAUUAUUAAGAGUUAAAGAUCUACCUAAACCUACAAUAACUGAUGAAGAUGAUAACAGCAGAAACAAGAUAAGAUUUUACUGCAUAGCUCCCAGCAUGGAGCAAAUGCUAAGUUUUCAGCUACUAAGUGAACGCAAAGGAAUUGAAAGUCAAAUUAGAGCAACGAAUGCUAAAAAUGCAACAUUCAUCAUUGACAGGCCCAAACACACUACUCAGUAUUUUUGCAAAUAUUAUAUAACAAUGGAUUUUGACAUGGCGUAUUCGAGAAGGAGUGAUGGAAAAAUCAUAAAAGGGAUUGACUAUACCACAAUUAAUGUCAUCCGGCUUCUUAUCGCAGCUUUGGUUCUUAUUCUGCUUGGUGGAAUUCUCUGGAAGGAAUCAAAUAAUUUCAAGACAUCACAGGAAGAUCUCCCUAAACUGCCAUCUGCAAGGGGGAAAAGUACUAGAAUAUCUAAAGCUACAGAUGUUAUUUGCCAAAGUGGCCUUCUGAAUGAGAGUAUGUUGUAAUAUCUUGAGUGUGAUACUCACAACUGCUCUCUGUGUCAUGAUAGUGUUAACAUGCAAGUAUGGGUAAAGUCUAAGAUAUAAAAUGAACUUUUUUCUACCUUAGGUUUGGCUCACAAAACUGUGAACUUUGAUGAGCAGAGAAACAACUGUUUCAAAAUUAAGAACAAAAUAUUACUUUUCUAGUCUGUGAACCUGGCAUUUAACUAGCUGUUCAAAGUAACCCGUAAAUUAAUCCUUCAAAGGGAAAAUUAAGAUUUAAAAGUACAUCCUUAAAGGAUCACUAUAGUGUCAGGAAAACAAAGCGGUUUUCCUGACACUAUAGUGCCCUCAGGUUCC